AUGUUCUCCGUGGGCAGAGGCUGGCUUUGGCUCUGCAUCAGAAUAGCUGUGCUUCUGGGGAAUCCGGUAAACGCCCGGGGGCAGCAGGGGAAAAGGAGUUGUUACCAGCUCUGCAGAGUGCUGCACUCCCUCCCAGAAGCGAGAAGUUACUGCCGUAAACUUGGGGGCCACCUCGUUUACCCCUGGAACCAGGCAGUUCAGGGCCUCAUCCAGGGAUCUCUGGAAGAAGGGACGACAUGGUGGAUUGGGCAAACGAGAAAGCAUCCAGGAAAACACCCCGCAAAUGUCACCAGCCAACAGCCACGUACCAGCUGCACUCUCGUGUCCAGGAACGCAGGUCGGACCACGACACAAAAGGACUCGUGCUCCAGCAAACAUUUUUUCAUUUGCCAGACUGGAGUCGAUCGUCCUUCACCCCCAUACCGCCCAUCUGUUCCUGCUCGUGGUCCUCUUAACCGGUGCCAGCCCGUCAGCUCAUGUCCUUUGACAGAAGUCACACCACUGGUGACAGCGGCCACCUCUGCUCCAACCAGCCAGCCCCUCCCCGGGAUCAGCGAGCUCACCUGGCCUGCGGCAGCCACGCAUGCUGGAGAAUCUGCGGCAGGAAGCCCUCCGAGGCCAGCACAGGAUGCACAGCCUGGAGCCCUCACCACUCUGCCACAGGUAUCGCCUUGGACCACAGCUGACCAGACCAACGAUGAGACGGCAGGGAGCUUGAGGGGAGCGACAGAUGAUGCGCAGGCUCACAGAGAACUCCAGAGAGCUUGCGAGGUGCUCCAGGAACUGACCGGCUUCACCUCAAGACUGUCUACACCUACCCAGGUCAAUGUCGUCAAUUCACUUAUUUCCCUAAGUGAGCAGUUACUGAAGGACCCACUUCAGAACAGCAGCCUGGCUUUCCAAAUGCCUGUGACGUCCUGCCUGUUUGAACCCCUUGGUAACGUCCUGAAACCUAAGGAAGAAAGUUGGCAGAGACCCACGGGUGGUCCUGAGCAGGUGGAGGACGUGCUGGAGACGGUGCUCAUGGCCCUCGGGAGGAUCCACGAAGCGGGGGUGCAGCAGAACCCGGCGGCCGGGUCUUCGGUGACGCUGUCCUCUGCCCUGGCUGUCCUGAUGCUGAGCAGCCGAAACGUGUCCACUCUGCCUCUGAGCUCUUACACCCUGGGCCACCCCGCACCUGUCAGCUUGGGCUUCCCGUCGGCUGCAGCUUUGGAGGAGCUCCUGAGCAAACACCCGGGAGUCAACGUCCAAGUCACAGGACUGGCUUUCAAUCCCUUCAAGGACUUUGACAACAGGGACAUUGUCGGAAGCAUUGGAACUGUGCUGCUCAGCUCUAAUCUUGAAUCGCUCCAAGUCCAUGAUUUAAUGGAAGAUAUCGAGAUUGUGCUCUGGAGAAAUGAGAGCCUGGACACGCAGCCCAGCAGCCUCAACCUGAGUACAGAGCAGUUAGUGAUCACACUGAACAUCACGUCCUCGGAGAAGUCCCUGAUACUGAGCGUGGAGCCAGAAAUCCCCCUUCCCGUGACCCUCUACCUGGGCUUCCAGCAUCAGCCUGAGCCCACUGACUUCCACCUGAACAUCACCCUUCCUAAGGAUCAGGUGUGGCAGAAAGAUGAGGAGUACACCUGGGUGCUGACGCCCGAGAGCCUGCGCUACGGCAUCGGCACCUACUACGUAACGGCCGUGUGGAAUGGCGACGCAGAGAGGCCCGCCCUGGUCUCGGUGGUGACAGCUGUCACCCAGUGUUAUUUCUGGGACAGCCACAACAGGACGUGGAGGAGCGACGGGUGCCAAGUCGGGCCGAGAAGCACGGUUUCCAGGACGCAGUGUCUGUGUAACCACCUGACCUUCUUCGGCAGCGACUUCUUCAUCCUGCCCAGGACAGUCAGUGUCAAAGACACAGUCAGACUCUUGCUUCGGGUGACCAGCAACCCUGUCGGGGUGUCGCUGCUGGCCAGUCUCUUAGGAUGCUACGUGAUCCUGGCUGCGUGGGCGUGGAGAAAGGACCAAGCAGAUACCCAGAAGGUGAAGGUCUCCGUUCUGGCUGACAACGACCCCAGCUGCCGGUUUCACUACCUGGUUCAGGUCUACACGGGCUACCGGAGGAGGGCUGCCACGACAGCUAAGGUUGUCGUCACCCUCUAUGGAUCGGAGGGGCGCAGCGAGCCCCAUCAUCUCUGUGACCCCCAGAAGGCUGUGUUUGAACGAGGGGCCCUGGACGUCUUCCUUCUCGCCACCCAGCGCCCUCUGGGGGAGCUGCACAGCCUGCGGCUCUGGCAUGACAAUUCUGGCGUCAGCCCUUCCUGGUACGUAAACCAGGUCGUUGUCAGUGACAUGACAAUUAAGAAGAAAUGGCAUUUUCUCUGCAACUGUUGGCUGGCCGUGGACUUGGGAGACUGUCAGCGGGACCGGAUCUUCCUCCCAGCAUCCCAGAGAGAGCUGCUCUCCUUCAGAAACCUGUUUUCCUCCAUGAUUGUGGAGAAGUUCACCCAGGAUUACCUGUGGCUCUCGGUUGCGACGCGGCAUCCCUGGAGCCAGUUCACGCGAGUGCAGCGGCUCGGCUGCUGCGCCACACUGCUGCUCUGCAACAUGCUCAUCAACGUCAUGUUCUGGAAGGCGGGUGGCCCUGCCGGGCAACGGGAGCCAGUGGGUCCGUUGGCUGUGACCUGGUCCGAGCUGCGUGUCAGCAUCCAGACAGCCGUCAUCCUUUUCCCCAUCAACCUUGUCAUCGCGCGGCUCUUCCCAGCGGCUCAGCCCCCGGAGACCCAGCCUCCCUCCCCGCCGACCCAGGCCUCCAGCCUCUCAGAUGCACCUGUUGCACCCCUCUCUCUCACAAAGGUACUUGAGGAGUUACAGGAGACUGUGGGAUUUCUGCUCAGGAGACACACGUACCUGCUCUCCGAGCGUGAGGAAUCUGCAGGGAGUUCCUGUGACCUCAACCAGCUGGUGAAGCUUUUAUGCAGCCUGGUGUGCUCUCACUUAGAGGAAGGAGGCUGCCGCCAGCAGCCCGGACCUCCCCGCGUGAGGGUGGUUCCUGAAAGCCAGCGUCAUUUCUGCUGUUACCUGCUCGGAGUGGCGCAGAGGCUGGAAUCUGACCUGGGCGCGCUGAGCCUCUCCCCAGUUCCCCAUCCUUGGGACUUCGCAGACGCAGCCAGCCGGCUGCACAAGCUCCAGGAGCUCUUGCAGACACGUGUUCUCCCCACGGAGCAGCAGCCAUCCAGGGAGGUGACGUGUUUCCCCAUCCUGAGCCCAGGAGAGUGGAGGAGGCCCCUGGCGAAGGGCUGGCACAGAUGGUUACCUUUCAGCUGCUGGAUCCUUCUGUGCGUCAUCAGCCUGGCUUCUGCCUUUUUCACCGCACUUUAUAGCUUGGACUUGAACACAGACCAGGCCACCAGCUGGCUCGUUUCCAUGAUACUAUCAGUGCUUCAGAACAUCUUCAUCAGCCAGCCCAUAAAGGUGGUCAUCCUCACCUUCAUGUUCUCACUGCUCAUGAAGAGGAUACCAUGGCUCAGCAGAGAGAGGGAACAACAGAUGAGGAGGAUCCUGGCACUCACUGCAAAAUGUUCUUCCUCGCCACCUGGUUCGAGAGAUCAGAACAACCCCAUUUACAGAGCCCCAGCCAUACACAGCGCGGCCAAGCCCCCCACAGGAGCUGUAAAGGAAAAGAAGCUCUUCAAGCUGACCGGGGACAUCGUGGUGCAAAUCCUCUUCCUUGGCCUACUGCUGAGCACCAUCUACUCAGGGAAGAAUUCCAACCGAUUUUACCUCCAUCGGGCCGUCCGCAAGAGCUUUUCUCACCGCUUCUCGGAAAUCAAGCUUCUGGAAGAUUUCUACCCCUGGGCCAGGCACAGCCUCCUGCCUAACCUGUAUGGGAAUUACACAGGUGAGGAUUCCCGCCUGGGCCAGCCGCACGAGAGGUUUAUCACCGACGGGAACUGCUUCCUCUUGGGCACGGUCCUCCUCCGUCAGAUCCGCGUUCCCUUCCCGGCUGCAGCCUCUCCCCAGGAAUGGGGGACGCCAUUGCAGCAGCCCUGGGAGGACACCUGGAACUGUGGCGUUCACUGGGGGCCCCCUGAUGCCAACAUCACAAAGCCGGAGGGCACGUGGCACCACCGGGGCGAGGAGGCCCAGCGCGGCUCUCCCAUCCAGGGGGAGUUUGCUGCUUACUCGGAAGGCGGCUAUGUCGUGAGGCUGGGAAGCAACUCCAGAACUGCAGCCAGGGUCCUACAGCACCUUGAACAGCAGCGCUGGCUGGACCGGUGCACGAAGGUCCUCUCUGUGGAGUUUGUGGCCUUUAAUGCGAAUGUGAACCUGUUCUGUGUGGUGACCUUGACUUUGGAGUCCAGUGAUGUGGGGGCUUUACUCGGCUCUGUGAGAGUGGACAGCCUGCCUUCCCCGCAGACGCAGGAGGGUCUUGGCUGGGCUAUCAUCUCCCAGGUCGUCUAUUAUCUGCUGGUCUGUUACUAUGCCUUCGUACAGGGCCGGCGGCUGAGACGGCAGGGGUGGAGGUUCCUCACGCGCAAGAGGAACGCGCUGGACACGAGCGUCGUCCUGGUCAGCUUCGUCAUCCUGGCGCUCGACCUCAGGCGGAUUUCUCUGCACAGGACCCACAUGGCCCAGCGCCGCCAGGCCCGGGACAGGUUCAUCAGCUUCCAUGAGGCAGUUCAAGUGGACUCUGCGGUCACUCACCUGGUGGGAAUCCUGGUUCUGCUGGCCACGGUUCAGCUAUGGGACCUGCUGCAUCACAACGCCCGGCUGCAGGUCAUCAGCAGAACCCUGAGCAGAGCCUGGGACGAGGUGACCGGCUUCCUGCUGAUCAUCCUGCUCCUGCUCACUGGCUACGCGGCCGCGUUUCACGUGCUGUUUGGAUGGAAAAUCUCUGACUACCGGACUUUUGUCAACUCGCUGGUGACUGUUGUUGGUCUCCUCAUGGGAAUUUCUCACCACAAAGAGGUUAUUGCUUUGGACCCAGUGCUGGGCUACUUCCUGAUCCUCACCAGCACCAUCCUGAUGGUACUUGUGGUCAUCAAUCUUUUUGUUUCUGCUAUUCUCAUGGCCUUUGGAAAAGAAAGAAAGUCCCUUAAGACAGAAACUACACUGAUAGAUAUGCUGCUACAGAAGCUCUCGAGUUUGUUAGGAAUCCGGUGGCACCAGAAUCCCUCCCCGGAGAAGCAGCCAUGA